GCAGGAAAAACAAGCUUUACUAAGCCUCCGCCAGGGCAGAAAGAGCUCGGGGUGAUUCACGCGGCUUCCCCAGGCAGGUGUCCCGAGUCCCCAAGCCGGGAGCCUCUAGAACGGAAAGUCCAGAGAGGCCAGGGUUCCUGCGCCGGGUUCCUGAGCGGGUCCCGGAGCACACCUUCUGCCUGCGCGCAGACGAGCACGCGGCUCGCCCACGCGGGGCCUCGGCUCCCUCCCCGGCUCCACUGACCCGGGCGCAGAUCAGGAUGCCGGCGCGCGCUCCCCGCCGCCUGGUCAAAGGGCCUCGGGGGACCUGGCUGCUGGGCGGCCUCUGGGUCUGGGUGCUGUGCGGCCUGGGGUUGGCGGGCUCCCUGGGAACCCCGCAGCCAUGCCAGGCGCCCCAGCAGUGGGAGGGACGUCAGGUUCUGUACCAGCAGAGCAGCGGGCACAACAGCCGCGCCCUGCUGUCCUACGAUGGUCUCAACCAGCGCGUGCGGGUGCUGGACGAGAGGAAGGCGCUGAUCCCCUGCAAGAGAUUAUUUGAAUACAUUUUGCUCUAUAAGGAUGGAGUAAUGUUCCAGAUUGAACAAGCCACCAAACAGUGUGCAAAGAUCCCCUUGACAGAAUCCUGGGAUCCUCUUGACAUUCCCCAGAAUUCUACCUUUGAAGAUCAGUACUCCAUCGGAGGGCCUCAGGAGCAGAUUGUGGUCCAGGAAUGGUCUGACAGAAGAACAGCCAGAUCGUAUGAAACCUGGAUCGGUGUUUAUACAGCCAAGGAUUGCUAUCCAGUCCAGGAGACCUUCAUCAGGAACUACACUGUGGUUCUGUCCACGAGGUUCUUUGAUGUACAGCUAGGCAUUAAGGACCCCUCUGUGUUCACCCCACCGAGCACAUGCCAGACAGCACAGCCAGAGAAGAUGAAUGAGGACUGCUCCUUGUGAACUUGCAGGAGCAGAAGCCACAACCUCAGUUCUUAGUGACCUUGUAUGGAAAUGGAUUAGAGACUAGUUGGAAAGCACUGGAAAUAAAGCUAAUUCUAGGAAGAUAAACCUUAUGUGGACCUGCUUGAACAUCUGACUGUGACUACUCAGUUAUGUUUUUGGAAGGAAACUGGGGCCAUCCUUUCUGUGAGCAGGUGUGUAGUCAGUGCCAUAGAGUAGGAAAGGGUGGGGGUGGGGCCAGCACAAGGAGUUUGCCUCUGGAGAGUGAGACUUUUAUUAUUGCCAAUAAGAAUUGAAGGUGAUAAUAAGAAAUAGAAUAAUUUUGCUCAGUUCUCUCCUUACAAAGAAAGUCCCUUGCUUGUCUGCACCAGGGUAGCGACAGUUCCCAGUGAUACUACUCUGGCACCUGGCUACUACGAGAUGACCCUUUAAGAUUCUUUCUAGACUUGAAUUUUGCGGCAUGGCCUGCUGGAUGUAGAUAAUUCUGCAAGGAAGUAGAAACUUGUAAUACAAAGUAAUGAUUCCUCUGAAGGGAAAGGAAGUUUUAUGUGGGCGGCUUGGACAGUCUUAGCAUUUACAUGGGAAGUGAAGCAAGAGCCCUGUGUGCUGCUUUGUGUGCAAGAGUGCUGGCUGCUGUGCUGAACCUUCGUGUCUUCUCUAGUGAGCAAACAGGCUUCCAAAACAGCACUGAACAGGAAGACACCCCAAGUAAGGCCUAGAAUUCUCUGCUACUCUAAUUCUUUAAGUAUUAAAUGCACUAGGCUAGCAGCCCUUGCCUCGUCUUUCCUGAAAUCUCUUUCACCACAACUGUGUCUGUAUGAUUACUGCUCAUGCUUCCAAGGUUAGCUCACAUGUGACCUCUGUGAGCUGCUCCCAUGCCUGCAUUCAUUGCACCUUACAGCUUGGCAUGCCUUGCUCACAAUACUCAUUAUGCUGUGUAAGGAUUUCUUGAUUAUUAGCAACUGACCUCUGCUAUCCUGGGUAAGAACCCCUUGAGUACGGGUACCAUGUUCUGUUUACUUUAAUAUCUCCAGCCCCAAGCAAGUGCCUGGCACGUAGUCUGUGCCCUUAACUUUUAUAGAAAGGAGCUCACCAGCUCUGUCAGUGUUUCUUUUCCUCACCUAAUUAAACAGGGUUGGUUUUUCUGGUUGCUAGGGAGACUUGUAGUAACACAACUUACUUUUCUAGAUUCUUCUAUCGCUACGUUUCAUUUUGCUGUGUAUCAUCUUUUGUUAUCAAGAGAACUGUAUGAUGCUUGCUUUAUGAUAUAGCCAUCUAUAUUGUAAUUUAUCCAUACAAUUAAACAAAUUUAAUGACACCCUACAAA